AUGAGGCUUCGUGAUUCGCUGGUCAAUAUGCUUGGAGAAUUUGUUGGACUCAACAAAACUCCAGAUUUCAAGCUGAAUAGGCAAUCCGCCCAAUAUAUUGCUGAAGCUGUUGCUGCAGAAUCACAACGUCAUAGUUUGGAACUAAGACUUGCCUACAUAUUUUAUCCACAUCUCUUUACCAUUCUGCAUCCAGCCCCUAUUUCAGUAGCGGUAUUUUUUUGCAAUCACCUAUCUUGCAGCAGAAAGUUUCUUGUAUGGGGCAGGAACGAAAAAAUGCUAAUCAAUUCCGCGGACGAAUACAUUCAACAGAUAGCGCUGGACAAGCGAGCAGGCAAGUUUCCAUGUCCAUGGAUCCCUCCUACCGACGAUCUUCCGUACCAGUGGCUCACACUGAUCGACCUUUCUUACCCCGAUUUUGCAGAUUAA